UCAGCUGAGCAACGAAAAUUACACAUUGUGGUGGAAAACGUUAAACUAGUCAUUAGCACAAUUAAAAUUUAUUUCAGUCUUAAACAAUCUUGCGACAAUGAGACGGCUUAUUUUUCUCGCCUUCGUUGGUAUCCUUUUAAUGAAAAAUGUCACAUCGUCGAAAAAUCAGAGAUAUCCUUCGCGUCUAGCAUGGUUGUUUGGCUUAAACGAUACACAAAAGGAAAUUAAGGAAGAAAAUAAGCCAACCAUGUGUCAAUCUCAAGAAUGCGAAAAAAUCGCUCGGAUAAUAACGGAGAAUAUGGAUAAAUCUGUGGAUCCGUGCGACGAUUUCUACGAAUACGCUUGUGGAAACUGGUUGGAGCAUAAUCCCGCUCCAAAAGGGAUGAAAUCCUGGAGUAUGUUUGCAAGUGCACAAGUAAAUGUCAUGAAGAAAAUAAAAGACAUAUUCGACGAAGGCCCAAAGAAAGAUGAUCUUUUGGCGAUAUACUACGCGAAGAAGUGGUACACAGUCUGUAUGGAUACAGAUGCAAUGGAUAAUCGAGGGCUUGAUCCGCUUGUCUUUACCUUAUCGCGGAUAGGUGGCUGGCCGAUGAUAAUGGAACCUGAUGAAUGGAACGAGGAGGAGUACAGCUGGCAAAAAGUGGAUGAUCAAUAUAUGCGUUUGACAGGAAGAAAUGCUUUUCACGAAGUGCGGGUGAUCGAAAAUUGGAGUUCAAACGAAUCCAAGAAAAUAGUGCAUAUAUCUAGUCCUGAUUUACCUCCGGGUUCAUUCAAACUCUGGGGUGGAAUUGAUGAUUGCAGUGAGGAAGACGAAAACGACAAGGUUCCGAGCGACGAGGAGAAGCAAAGCGAUGAGCAGAAGCAAAGCGACGAGCAAAACGAUAGUCAAAAACCUGAAAGCGAAGACAAAGACGAUAGCAACAAUAAUGACAAUGAAGAUGAUAAUAACGAUGAUGAUAAAGAUAACGAUGACAACAAUAACAAUAAAAAUGAUGAUGAAGAUAGUGACAAUAAUGAAAUAAACGAAAAGGAUAAUGACGACAAUAAUGAGACAAACGAAAAGGAUAACGAUGACAAUAAUAAGACAACUGAACAGGAUAAUAAUGACAAUAAAAAUGAUAAUGAAGAUGAUGACAAUAAUGAAAUAGACGAAAAGGAUAACAAUGACGAUAAAAAUGAUAACAAUAAUGAGACAAACGAAAAGGAUAACGAUGAAAAUAAUGAGACAAACGAAAAGGAUAACGAUGACAAUAAUGAGACAAACGAAAAGGAUAACGAUGACAAUAAUGAGACAAUUGAACAGGAUAAUAAUGACAAUAAUGAGACAAUCGAACAGGAUAAUAAUGAGAAUAAUGAUAUAGAUGAACACGAUAACGAUGAAAAAACAAAAAAAAGAAUCAAUUCGAAAAAAGCCAGUAAAUUCGCAAAAGAUAAAAAAUUAAAGCAUAGUCGAAAAAUUAAGAGCAGCAUCAACUCCAAGAAGUACAAGAAUCAUAUGACGAAGAAAGACAAGAUAAGAAAAUGGGCAAUAUCGAAUAUUCACAAGAAAUUACACACGCAAAAGGUUAAAAAGAACCAUGUGAAGCAAGCACAUAAGCCACAUAAGGAAAGAGUAAAAAAAACUAAGGAUGCGAUACUGCAGAUUAAUACUCAAGAUGAAAUGACUGAUGUAUAUGAUAUAGUAAAACAGUAUACCGAUUACAUUUCAAAAGUAGCUCGCGCUAUAGCUAAAGUAAGAGGCGUUGAAGUCUCAGAGAAACGCAUGAAUAAAGAUAUCCAAGAUAUGAUCAAAUUUCACAUUAGACUAGUUGAUAUUACUACGGAAAAAGGAAAAGAAAAGGAACUAACUCUUAAUGACUUCCAGAAAUGGUAUGAAAAAGAACAACUUAAAACUCCUAAAAGCACAAUUGACUGGCUGUACAAAAUUAGGGAGUUAUUUGACGAAGCUCACGUGCCUGUGGAUGGUGAUAUAGAUGUGAAAAUUAAAAAACCAGAUUACUUCAGUAAUCUUAUAUCUUUAUUAGACGCUACAUCGAGUCGAACAAUCGUGAAUUAUAUACAUUGGCUCUUUUUAAGCAAAAUAAUAAGAACUACUACAAUUGAAAUGAGAAAAUUAUAUGAUGAAUGGGAAGAAAACAAGAAGGAUGAUAAUGACCAGAUUUUGGGAAUCCCAGCAAGAUCGUUCAAAUGCACAAGAGAAGUAGAGAUGAGCGACAUGCUAGGCUACGAGUAUGUGAGAAAGCAUUUCUCUGAUGAAAUCACGACAGCUGCAUCGGACAUGUUGGAUGAUAUACAAAAAGAAGUUGAAUAUCAAAUUAAAUCGUCAAACUGGAUGGAUGAAGGUACUAAGCAUUUUAUUUUAUCUAAAUUGGUGCAUAUGGAGAAAUUUAUCGGAUAUCCAGAAUGGUACAGAAAUAACACUAUUGUUAGACGAUAUUAUCAAGGUCUUCUUCUUGAAGAUUCGUAUUACGAAAAUAGAAUGAGCUAUGAUAGAUACAGUAAAUGGAGGGAGCUACGAAAGUUGAUGAAACAAAAUGAAGAUGAAAUAAUGACGAUAAAUCCUGCAAUGGUAAAUGCCUUUUUCUCACCGGAUCUUAAUUCCAUAGCCCUCUCGGCAGCAGAUUUUCAGAGCCCAUUGUUUGCUUUUGGUCGACCACAAGCUAUUAAUUAUGGUAUUGUUGGAACAAUCAUGGGUCACGAAGUUAAUCAUGGAUUCGAUGACUCUGGCCACUUAUACAAUAACAAAGGAGAAAUUGUGGAAUGGUUAUCUGAAAUGGCCGAAGCAUAUGGCAAAAGAGCGGAGUGUUUUGUGGAACAGUUUAAUAAUUAUCCCAUCGAUAAGACGUCGAAUUAUACAAUAAAGAACUAUGGCAAUCGAACGGCGGGAGAGAAUAUCGCAGAUACAAUGGGGUUAGAGGCAGCGUUUAGAGCAUAUCAAAGAAGAGAAAGAGAAUGCGGAAAGCCGAAUACCAUAUUACUAGAAAACUUCACUAACAAUCAACUUUUUUUCCUAUCCUUUGCCAACUUGUGGUGUGAAGAUCCAACAAUAAGUAUUAUCGAAGCUAAAGGUGACGUACAUAGUACCGGACGAUUAAGAGUUAUAGGAACCGUUUCAAAUUCGCACGACUUCGCCAAAGCUUACAAUUGUCCGGUUGGCAGUGCAAUGAAUCCCGAAAAGAAAUGUCAUAUCUGGAAGUAAAUUACUUCUACGAAUAUUACAAAUUAAAUUAGCCAAUG